AUGAUGAAUGGUAGGUUCUUGAGAGCCUCAAUGAGAAAGUGGAGAAAGAUGGGCACUAAAGAAUUUCCUUCAGAAACCUAUUACCACCACUGUUUUUGUCCAUGGGCUCUGCGGGGGCAUUCCAUGCAGGAAGAAGAAUCCAAUAUCCCCAAGGAUGUACCAAAGGGUCACUUAGUAGUCUAUGUGGGAGAAGGUUACAAGAGAUUUGUGAUCAAAGUCACCCUACUAAAGCAUCCCCUCUUCAAGUCAUUACUGGAUCAGGCCAGUGAUGAGUAUGGCUUCACCUCUCACUCUAAGCUCUGCAUUCCCUGUGAUGAGAAUAUUUUUCUUGACGUUCUUCGCUGCUGCACCAACUCUCGGACGGAUCGUAGCAUCUGGUUGUGUCUAUGAGAAACUGAGAGAGCACCCUUUUUUUUCACUUAUAUUGGACCCUUUCAGAUCAGAUUUUAUAGAUCGAGAUUGCUGACUCCUUAAAUGUGAAA